AUGCCCAGCACGUUUCAAGUCUACGGGGCCGCCUUAUACAAAUUGUAUUGUCAGCUGGAGGCGAGGGUCGUAACCCCAGAAAGUGAUAAUCACCUGACCAAAUUGUCCGCUUCUGAAGCGGCAAAGAAGAUUCGAGAAGGAGAAUUGUCAUCCUACGCCCUGGUGAAGGCUUAUUUUAACAGAAUCCGAUUCGUUAACGGGUUCAUCAAUGCAGUGGCGGAAAGUUUUGAAGCAGAAGCGUUGGAGGAGGCAAGGCGAGUUGACGAUUACAUCCAGAAGUUGGACAAGGCAUCGGAAGAAUAUAAAAAUGUAAGUGUUACUUAUUUCGCCUCUUUUUUCGUUUACGGAUGAGAAAUAAAUUGAUCGAAUUUCAGCUUGAAAUUACGAAGCCACUCUUGGGUGUUCCAGUCUCAGUAAAAAGCUCGUUCGAUGUGAAGGGCCAUCGGACCAUCUCUGGCCUCACAUGGCGAAGGAACUUACCACCAGUCGGAGAUGAUGCAGUUGCCGUUGAAAGGUAAAACACAAACCUUGGAAUCAAUUCAACCACGAACUAAUCCCUUUUAGCCUAACCACCCAAUAAAUUGACAUCUUUUAUCUUGACUUUACAGGAUCCGUUCAGCUGGCGGAAUCCCCCAUUGUCACACAAAUGUCCCCGAUGCUUGUCUUUGGAUCGAAACUUUUAAUAAAGUUUUUGGGACAACGUCUUCCCCUUAUGACAACCGAACCACAUGUGGAGGAUCCUCCGGUGGAGAAGGGGCCAUCAUCUCGGCCGAGGGAUCGGUUAUCGGGAUUGGGACUGAUAUCGGAGGAUCAGUUCGGAUGCCCGCCAUUUUGAAUGGAAUCUUCUCUCUGAAACCAGUUGAUGACAUUCCACUUGAUGGCCAUUUCCCUGGAGGGGAAGGCGACGACCUACAUCUCAUGGCUGGAGUUGGGCUUUUGGCCCGAUAUGCUCAUGAUCUGGCCAUCUUCUACAGUGUAAGUCCAUAAGUUUGCAAAAAAAACCAAAAUUUUUAUACCUUUAGGCUCUGUCGUAUAUUCCAAUCCCCGAUAACUACAUAAAUCUGAAGCCAACCAAGAUAUACACUGUAAUUUGCAUAUCGGAUGAGCACAAUGAGCUAUCCGACGUAAUAAGAAAUGCUGUUCCAAAAGUCGUAAAUGCUUUGGGUGAGAAGUUUGAGGUGGAAGUCGAGGAAUUGGAGAUCCCUAAGCAGAACAAGAUCAUGGAGUGGUACUUCAAUGAGAUCAAUGAUCCCAAAUUGGGAACCUUUACUGGUGCUGUCUUCCCCGUGAGUUCUAAAACACGUUUCCAUUUCUUAUUUUACAGUCUUAAUCUUAUAAUUACUUUAAUUUAGUUUGAUGACAAUGUAAAUUUAAUCGCCGAGAAGCUAAAAUCUCUGGUUGGAAUCGGCCAAGUGAACCCCGGAACUGUCGAAUGUCUCCAGAUGUUCAAUCAGCCCCGCGGUCUCCAAGAAUAUACUCGAAUUCACAACGAACUCCUCGAAUAUCGGGUAAAAAUCAACCAGAUUCUUAGCGACGACGUCCUCGUGGUAGCUCCAAGCUUGCCCAGAAACCAUUAUUUCCAUCGAGAAUUACUCUUUACUCCAAGAGAUUUCUUCCUGACCGGUAUCUUCAAUGUCUUGGCACUGCCUGCAGCCAUAGCGCCCAUUGGUUUGGACAAUCAGGGAUAUCCGGUGACAGUGCAGUUGGCUGCCAAGAGAGGAAACGAUUUCUUAUUGACAAGGACCCAGGAGCAUAUACAUGAUAUAUUUGGGGGGUGGAAACCACCUAAAGACCAGCUGUAG